AUGGCAAUAAAAGUCAACAGCAAGGACAAAGAUGAGGGCGAGGAGCCGGGCGAGCAGGGCAACAGCUCGCGUCUGGGCCCGAAAAAAGGUUACGGUGUCAAGAACAGGGCAGCUGCAAAUCGAUCUCGGGAGAAGGCGAAACAGUACGAGCAACACCUUGCAGCGAAAGAGUACGAAGUAACAAAAGAGAGGAUAUACCUCGGUGCGCGCCUGACAGCGCUCAAGGGCGAAGUGCUGAACCUCAGAAACCAAAUCCUACAGCAUGGCGACUGCGACUGUGAGGUGAUCCAGCGGUACAUCGCCAGAACUGCGGGCAGAUAA